UCGAGGGAGCUUCAGCUUUGGAAGUGGCCACUAAGGUGGGGCCAACCCUCGAGGGUGGUGCUGGGGGCAACCCAACCCCAAGAGGGUGUUGGUGCAUGCUCCUCUUCGGCUGCUUCUAUGGACGUUCACGUUGGAUCACCGCUGGUCCAAUCUGAGGAACUCGUGGUGACACACUUAUCUGCUGCUCUCUCCGGUCUGGUCACUUUAGAGGCCAGUGACCCAGACGUUAGAAGUAUGUCACCUGCUGACGAGGUAGAGGUCUCUCUGAGUCGUGCCUUCAAUAUCAUUCCUAUUGACAUCCCCUCAUCAAGCAGUGCACCAAUUCUUCCGGCUUUGGAUCUUCCUUUAUUUCUCUCCAAUCUUCAGGAUGUUCUUGAUUUUGUAUCUGCCCAACUGAAAUCCUGUGGCGCUCCUGUCCCCGACCAAGUUUCAUCCUUGAUGCAGUGGAACCCUUUACUGCUUCAAAAACAGAUAGAAGAUCUGAAGGCCUCAUACCUUGAUUUGGCUCGGCUAUGCUCUGAUACUGAAGAGAAGUUUACCCAGAGCCAGGCUGACUUGAGCCAAACCUCUGCUUUCUUGGACAGUGCUCGCGCCUUAAACUCUUCUCGGAAUGCUCAGCUUGACUCUGAGAAGAUGGCUUAUGAGGUAAACUCUCUUGGCUGCUUCUGUUUUGCUUUCCUUGUUUCGAUGCUUAGUGUUGUUCUUGCUUCUAGGAGGAAAAGCGAGUGCUCGUUGCUUCUCGUGACAAUCUGGACAGGCUAUAUUGUGACGCCAGCACUUGAUUGACCAAUCUGGAAAGGAGUCACCGCUUCACCAUGUCGGACUUGGACCAUCACCGUGAUGAACUGAGGGCGUCUGUAAGGCCCAAAAUUAGUAGAAAAAUAAUAAUUAUAAAAUAAAUAAACAAAUAUAGUUGUUAUAGUGCUUUGGAAAUUAGGGAAUGAGAAAAGGACAUUUGUAAUAAAGUCAACCAUUGUUAGAGUCAAACAUGAGAAGGAGAAUAAAAUAGUAAUAUUUAAAAUAAUAUGGUUGAUAUUCAUAUUUGGAUUUCAAUUGAGACAUUUGGAAAAAUCUGAUAUUUAAAACAAGAGUAUAAGUUCGAAUUUGAAUAAUUGAAUUUGGAAUUAGGAAUAGAAAAUGGGAGAGAAAAUUUCAACUAAGGCAUUUAUUCCUCCCAUAAAUAAAUGACAAGGGAAAUAAUAAAUAAUAAUAUUGAAAAUAGUAGAGGUUAUAUUCACAGUAGUAUUAAUUGUGACACUUGGAAAGUUGAAGUUCAAAACAGGAGUUUGAAUUGGAGUUGGAUGUUUGAAAAUUAAAAUAGAAAAGAAAAAGGAAAGAAAAAUGAAGGUAGACCUCAAUUUGGGCCCAAUUUCUAGCCGGCCCAACUCCCUUUCGCUAAUCGUUCGGGCAUUGAGAAAGGGGGGCCGUCUGUCAGUCGUCUUCCCCAACAGAUCCCACGGCGUGGCAAAAUCGGAUCGGCCGGCGUCCGGGGCUUCGCGCGGUUCUCGGCAUACCAUUGCCAUCCAUCCUCUCUGGUGGGGUGUAUAAAUAACGAGUCUUCGCCCCCCCCCCCCCCUCAACCCUCAAAUCAUGGCCCCACCGGUGUUCGUGCAUCCAGAAGAUAAGGCGUGGGUGGGAGAGUACAACGGUGGGUGAAUCUCGCGCGUGGCGACGUUGGGACCUCGGUGGGCGGCCAGGGGUCAUCGCCGGAAACCGUGGGUGCUUGUGUGUGGCUCGCCCGAGCUUAGUAUUGCCUUGCGCGCCCGGAAUUGCUCAUCGGAGCAAAUCUCCGCCGUGAGCCCGCUCUCCGCCGUGGUCUGGGCACUAGGCUGCAUACUCGGUGAGUUUAAGCACUAGCCCGCUCAACGACUUCCUACCGUCAGUCUCUAGGGAUUUCCGCCUCUGGAUUGGAGUUUAAGCACUAAGAGUGGGGGAUUGCGUGAACCAGUCAUGGCGCCGCCAUGUCUUGGCCGUCGUUGCUACGGUAGCCGAUGGGUAGGUAGAAGAAGGCCUCGGGCCAUUGGAUAGUUAAUGGACGGCUGCGAUUUUGACCAUAAUACCUCUUCGGUGUCUGUGAUCCGAACCAUCGGAUCGCGAUCGAACGGAUCCAGCGCGAUCUAGGGCGUUUUAAAUCCGCGCCAUCGAUCUAGUGAUUCACGGUUCGGAUUAAAAGAGUGGCGUACCGCUUUGUGAUAUAAUUCUGGCUUUUAGAAUCUGAUCCAACGACCGAUCUUCACCGGUACCCCUUCGCGAUGUAAUAUUUGCUAAAGAGACCCUGUAAAACCCUAUAAACAACCCACAGUCCACACUGAGCGAAGCCUGAGUCUGGGAAAUAUUUUGAGUUAGCCCCUGUGUUUCUCUGUUAUUGGCGCCCAGUCCAGAGCUCAAGGAAAAUCAGAUAAAUGAAUUUAGAAAUUGAUUUUCGAUACACAAAUAAUUCCAGAAACUUGUAUAAAUAAUAUUUAAUUCAUUU